AUGAGACUUAUCAAUUCUGACAUGAGCCUGAUAUCGGCAGGCGUCGCGUUGCUGGUGUCGGCGGCGGUUGUCGAUGCUGCGGCGACUUGUGCUCUUCCCUCGACCUACCGCUGGAGAUCAAGCGGCCCACUCGCAAACCCCAAGCCAGGAUGGGUCUCGAUUAAGGACUUUACGCACGUCGUGUAUAACGGCAAGCAUCUUGUUUAUGGGUCGACCUUUGACUCGAGAGUCUGGGGCUCGAUGAACUUUGGCCUCUUCUCGGACUGGCCUCAAAUAUCCUCUGCGAGCCAGAAUGGGAUGAGUCAGGGUACUGUUGCGCCAACACUCUUCCUCUUCCGCCCAAAGAAUAUCUGGGUACUCGCCUACCAAUGGGGCAGUAGCCCGUUCAAUUAUAAGACGACAAACGAUCCUUCUAAUACAAAUGGAUGGUCUGGGCCACAUACGCUGUUCACCGGAGCUAUCUCUGACUCUCGUACUGGCGUUAUCGACCAGACACUUAUCGGCGACGAUACAACUAUGUACCUCUUCUUUGCUGGCGAUAACGGCAAGAUCUACCGCUCAAGUAUGCCGAUUGGAAAUUUCCCAGGAAAUUUUGGCAACGUAUACCAGGUAGUUAUGAGCGACUCGGUCGGUAACUUAUUCGAAUCCGUUCAGGUCUAUACCAUCCAAGGCCAGAACCAGUACCUCAUGAUCGUUGAGGCUAUUGGAGCUAAUGGGCGCUACUUUCGCUCCUUCACCGCAAACAACCUCGGCGGGUCGUGGAGACCCCAGGCUGUGACCGAGGGCAAUCCCUUUGCUGGCAAGGCUAACAGCGGAGCCUCCUGGACUGACGACAUUAGCCAUGGCGACCUGAUCCGCAGUAACCCCGACCAAACAAUGACUAUCGAUCCAUGCAACCUACAGAUGCUCUACCAGGGAAUGGCUCCCGGUUCCGGCGGCGACUACGCCUUCUUGCCUUACAGGCCUGGCCUACUCACCCUACAGGGCGCCACGGGGACAUUGCCAGGCGGUCCAGGUACUGGCUCAACGCCGCCUCCUCAGAGUGGCUGUUCCGGCUUGUACGGCCAGGGCAAGGCUGGACGGGACCACAAUGCUGCUCGCAAAGCACGUGCAAAUUUUCAACUAACUGUGAGUGAUGACACACCUCUAUGCAAGGCGAAGAAGUAA